UGUGCCUGGCACUGGGGUGACAAAUAAUGUUUGAUAUUUCCCGAAAAUCGAGAAGAUGUGUAUCUGCACCGUGCUUGUGCUCAAGGUCUCAGUGGUGUUUGCAAUUAUUGUACUGGCAAUCCUCAAUGUAUUGGACAUUUUGGAGGGCACAGAAAAGUUAGGCAAGGCCACAACGAAAGGCCGACUACUGCUCAUCGUGUGCUUUGUCCUGGACUCCGCGAUUAUAGCCAUUCUCUGUGCGGGCCUAUAUGCGACGAUACGCCAGAAUAUCAAGCUCUUGCAGCUGCUUAUUUUCGCACUGAUAACCUACUGCCUGGGCAAGAUGUCGCUCUGGAUAGUGGCUGGGAACCAAGGGGGAGUCGUCGAGCUUGUGGUCACUCAAACCUGGUACAAACUGACUUUGGUCGCCACGGUGAUUGGCAUGGUGCUGCUUACGUGUUUCUGCCUGAGGAUAAAAGAUGACGAUGGUGAAGAUCCUCCAUUUAGCUAGGAAUUUUGUGGAAAUUAAUUGAGAAUAUUCCAACAUUAUCUGGCGGAUACUUUCUCAAAUACAAUCUUCGUAUAAUUUGACUAAUUAAGCGGCACUUUCACACUCUCCAAACAACAGUCAACUACUCCCCUCCUUUGAGUUUCUGUCCUUGAAGUUCCGAUGAAGUUGUUGAUAUCGAGGCGGGAGGACAGAUGGGGCCAUUUGUGGGUUGUGUGGGCAAUCAAAUUACAUGCGAAAUUAUGGACACCCGCAGGACCAUAACGGCAGCCAAUAAAGAUCGCAAUGAGCAGAUAAGCGGAAGCUGUGACCCCCGACCAGGGGGUCCU